UUAUAGCUUUUGCUUUUCCCAAGAAACUCUGACCUUUUGGCUCCCUUCCUUCUCUGUCUCCCUACAGAUAUUAUUAUUAUUACUUGAUUUGAUUUUCUUCCUUUAAGAUUUGACAUUUUGGUUCAUGUACGCAUGUUUGAAUUACCAGAGUGAGUGGAAAAAAAAAAGCAAUGGGAAAACUCAGUUUUGGUAAGAUGCUAGAUUGUUUAUAUCUGUCUUCAAUCUCAGGCUCAUCAUGUUCUUGUUUCUGCAUGAACACUUUAGAUGAUGAGUUUGAGAAGAAGCCACUGAUAACAUCUGAAAAGCCCCAGUUGCUGAGAUUGAAAGAUGUUUUUUCUGGCAAUCAGACCUUGGCCUUUCAACUUAAGCCUAAGAUGGUGGAACUAAGGGUUUCCAUGCAUUGCCAUGGCUGUGCAAGGAAAGUAGAGAAACACAUUUCCAAACUUGACGGAGUGACCUCGUACAAGGUAGACCUGGAAAGCAAAAGGGUAGUUGUUAUUGGUGAUAUACUCCCUUCUGAAGUGCUCGAGAGCGUCUCAAAGGUUAAAAGUACAGAGCUUUGGACCUCCUGAAGAA